UGUAAUGGCUGCCAGAUAGUAUAAGUGAUAUUCGAUAUAGUGCUUAUCGUCACCGGGAAACGUUGGAUAUAAUAGUCCGCUAACAUUUCCUAAACCGCGUUAAAAUGGUUUAUGUCAGUACGAAGACAUACGAGAAGACUGUACUGAACAGCGACAACGUAAACUGAUAUCAUCUGGUGGCCAUGGCAGUGUGGGAGCGUGUGGAGGCUGUGCUGAAUGUGGGUCUCCGGGUGCCCAGCAUCAUGCUACUGGAGGUCCUGUACCGCUGGGAUGUAAGCUCCUUUUUUCAGAAAAUCCAGAGGAGCAGUCUAAACAACAACCCACUGUUUCAGUACAAGUACCUGGCUCUGUACCUGCACUAUGUGGGCUACAUCUUUAGCCUGGUGUUGCUGACUCUACCACGGCAGCAUUUGAUGCGUCUCUACCUGUAUGUGCUCACCGCUGUGCUUCUGUUUGCUGGCCACCAGCUCUCCAGGGAUUAUGUUCGUAGUGAGCUGGACUCUGGCUAUGAAGGACCCCUGUACCUGGAUCCACUCUCCAUGAACCGAUUUACCACAGCUCUUAUUGGUCAACUGGUGGUGUGUACACUGUGCUCUUGUGUAAUGCAGACAAAACAAAUUUGGCUGUUCUCAGCUCACCUCCUCCCUCUGGUGGCCCGUCUGUGCCUUGUCCCUUUGGAAACUAUAGUCUUUAUAAACCGCUUUGCCAUGAUCUUCACUGGGCUUGAGGUUCUCUACUUCCUUGCAUCUAACCUGCUGGUACCCUACAACCUGGCCAAGAAUGCCUACCGGGAGCUUGCACAGGUGUUGGAGGUAUAUGGGCUUCUGGCCCUGGGCAUGUCUCUGUGGAAUCAGCUAGUCUUGCCAAUGCUCUUCAUGUGCUUUUGGUUGGUGCUCUUCACCCUGCAGAUCUAUACGUACUUCAGCACACGGAACCAACCUCCCUCACGGGAGAGACUGCUCUUCCUCUUCCUUACCAGCAUUGCAGAGUGCUGUUGUAGUCCAUACUCGCUGUUGGGGCUGGUCUUUACCGUGUCUUUUGUCGCGCUGGGCGUCCUCACGCUCUGCAAGUUCUACCUACAAGGCUACAGAGCCUUCAUGAAUGAUAACGCCAUGCACAGGGGAAUGACAGAAGGAAUCACUUUGCUGAUUCUGUCUGUUCAGACAGGGCUUAUUGAGCUGCAGGUAAUCCACCGGGCCUUUCUCCUGAGCAUCAUCCUUUUUAUCGUUGUGGCGUCUAUUUUGCAAUCCAUGCUGGAGAUUGCUGACCCCAUAGUGCUGGCACUGGGGGCUUCCAGGGACAAGAGUCUGUGGAAGCACUUUCGAGCAGUGAGCCUGUGUCUUUUCCUGCUGAUUUUUCCUGCCUACAUGGUCUACAUGAUCUGCCAAUUCUUUCAUAUGGACUUCUGGCUGCUUAUUAUCAUCUCCUCCAGCAUCCUCACCUCACUGCAGGUGCUUGGCACGUUGCUGAUUUAUGUGCUCUUCAUGGUGGAGGAAAUACGCAAGGCUCCGGUUGAGAACAUGGAUGAAGUCAUGUAUUUUGUGAACGGAACCUAUAGACUCCUGGAGUUUGUGGUGGCACUUUUUGUGGUGGCCUACGGUGUGUGUGAGACAUUAUUUGGACAAUGGAGCGUGAUGGGUUCCACCAUAAUUCUGUUGCAUGCCUACUACAACGUGUGGCUGCGAGCACAACUCGGCUGGCAGAGCUUCCUGUUGCGUCGUGAUGCUGUACACAAGAUUCAGAGCUUACCCACGGCCUCAGCACUGCAAUUACAGCAGUACAAUGAUAUCUGUGCCAUCUGUUAUCAGGACAUGAAGUCAGCAGUCAUCACACCUUGUGGACACUUUUUUCAUGCAGGCUGCCUGAAAAAGUGGCUUUAUGUGCAGGAGUCCUGCCCCCUUUGCCAUGGCACUCUCAAAGGCCAAUCACCUUCCACCAGCCCUUCUGCCCCAGCUCCCCCUGACACAUCACCAGCCAAUCCAAAUGCAGAACAGGAAGAGCAGCAAGAUUUAGUGCCUGGGGAGAAGGCAACACAAGCUGGCGAGAGCUCCUCAAAUGUUGCAACCCAAUCCGGAAUGGAUUCCAGAAUGGAUAAGGAAACCAUGGAAGAGGCUGCAGGUUAAAUAAGCGCUACUGUCAAUUUCUAGUGUCUCACCAUCCCUUUGAGCAGAGCUGUGCUCUGUGAUUUUUCUCAGUGGUGACUGUUUUUGCAAUAGUCAUGCAAAUGCUUUUGCAAUGCUGCCAAUGUUGAGUAGUCCUCGGGACAUCUUAGACUCCUGUAGGUUGUUGAUCUAAACUGUAUGUGCCCUUUUUUCAUGUCAUACACACGCAAAUGCAUAACGGCAGUUAUAAAUCUGUUGAAGGCAUCGUUUUUAGGUGCUCAUGAGCUCUUCAGAUUUGUGAAUUAUUUUUCUCUCUUUAUCUUUCUAACUGAAUUUUAAUUCCAAGUUUUUUUUUUUUUUUCAAUGACAUUUUGCCAUAAUUUCUGUAAACAUCAUGUUCAAGUGGUCCAUAAUUUUCAAUUGCACCACAAAUAAGCCUAAACAUUUAUUUCAAAAAUUCUUAACCAAAAGUAGAGAAGAUCUAAAGAAGAGAAUUCUAAAACAGAAUUAAGAAAUGUUACAUGUAAAUAUUAUUACAUAUGUAUGACAUUUUAAACUGAUUUUGACGGGUGUCCUCCAAAUCCAAACCUUCAAUCUGGAUACUCAGACAUAUUCAGGGUCAAACAGUUAUUCACAGGAUGAUUCGCUUGUAUUUUCAACGGAGGCAAGCACUGGAAAAUUAUGUUGGAAAUGUUGCACUAUGUGAGCUGCUUUUGAGCCAUCUUGGCUUCUUUCAUGUCUAUUAUACUGAGCCUCCCAACUUGACAUGGUUCUCUAAGAAAUUGGUAGACCUGUUGUAGUGAGGUGGUCAUUUAUGUAGCUUGAUGCCAUGCCAUCCUGCUAUGACUUCCAUAUAUGCUUCCAAGUCAGCUCUGUCCUUACCAGCAUGUAACCUUUGUGAACAUGAGCUACAGCCUGUUGGAUAUAUGUGUACAUGGAUGUUCACAUAUAUACUUACAUAUAUAUCUAUAUCUGUACAUGUAUAAAUCACAUUUAAAUAAGUUUUGUUAUUUGAUAUGCCAAACAGUAUUGAAGCAGUAUCAACCAUUAUGACGUAGCAUUUGGGUUCAUGGGAACACUUUGAUGUCCUUUCCAGGUAGAAGUGGGAUUGAGCCUAAAUAUGCUGAAUGGGAUUUUGCUGGGUUUUUUUGUUUGUUUGUUUGUUUGUUUUUUUAAAUGUCAGAUUGACAGUAUUAAAAUAUUUGGUGAAAUUGUGUAGAUGAAUACAUAUACAAUGUAUGAACACAAAUCAUCAGCUGAACCAUAUGGUUAGUGAUUUUGCACAUUUUGAAAGAAAAAUAAAAUUAAGUAGUAUUUCA